UGACGACUGUUGAGGUCCAUGUUUUUGGAAUGCGUUUUCAGCCAUACUUAAUGUCUGUGUUGAUUUUGUUGAUGAAGUUCCUUGGGUAGUCGUUUUGCUUGAGAGUUUCAGUAAUGUUUGAUAUUUCUUCUUUUUCUUUCUCAACCGUUAUCAGAGAGUGUGCUCGUCUAAGAAGACUUGAAACAACUGAAAUCUUUGCAAUGAUGGGGUGUGAUGAUUUGAAGUCUAAAUAUUUAUUGGAGUGGGUUUUCUUCCUGAAUAUGGAUAUACUAAAAUGUCCGUUUUCCCUCCUCUUAACUAGGCAGUCUAGAAAUGGUAGUUCACCGACUGUUUCCGAAGUAAACUGGAAUCUGGGAGAUACACAGUUUAUUUUCUCCAGGAAUGAACUGUGUAGAUCUCGUUUUAGCACUACAAAAGUAUCAUCUACAUAUCUUAACCAUAUUUAAGGAGUGAGUAUGCUUGAAAAGAUGUUAUUUUCGGAUCUAUUCAUGAAAAGGUCAGCGACCAUUGGGGAGACUGGUGAACCCAUGGCAACACCAUUUGUCUGUCCAUAUAAACUCCCUUUAAACGUAAAAUAAUUACUUUCUAGACAGAAUUUCAAGCUCUUAAUUAUUUCGCUGGUGUCCAGUGGACAUUUUUGUGAUAGCGUUGUAUCUGAUUCUAG